AUGGCUUACGACGAUAAAGACAUUACUGUUAUAGCACAAUCCGAAGAAAAAUAUAUUUCGUUCAGUAAGACAAUAAGCGAUUAUUUUCAACUUGAAUUUAUAGAUUCAUAUCGAUUUUUGCAAGCGAGUUUGUAUCAACUUACAACCACCUUGACUUUACCUGAUUUUGCACUUUCAUUAAAUGUCUUUAAAUCAUUGGAGUUGGUCACACGGAAAUCGGUUUUCCCAUACGAAUACGUAGACAGUUGGGAAAAACUUGACGAAAAUCAGUUGCCAACCCACGAAAAUUUUUACAGUUCCAUUACGAAAACUACAGUAUUCGAAGAGGACUAUGAACAUGCAAAAAAAAUGUGGCAACACUUUGAAUGCAAAACUAUUGGUGAUUAUAGUGACAAGUAUUUACUUGUCGACGUUAUGGUACUUGCUGACAUAUUUGAAAAGUUUCGCGCGGAGAGUUUAAAAAAUUAUUCUCUGGAUCCCACUCAUUAUUACUCAUGUCCAGCCCUAUCAUUUGAUGCUAUGUUAAAAUAUACUGAUGUCAACAUCGAACUGAUAACAGACCCAGAUAUGUUAUUAAUGUUUGAAUUGGAUAUACAUGGAGGUUUGACACAAGUCAAUCAGCGAUAUGCUCGAGCAAAUCAUCCAGGUAUCUCUGACUACAAUCCCAAUAUUCCACAUAAAUAUCUUCAAUACCUAGAUGCUACAAAUUUAUAUGGAACAGUGAUAAACGUAAAAAAACAACCGGGUACAUUUACCGACGAAUGUAAAGGUAUGCAUAUGGAGGAAAUUGUUGCACUCUUGCCCAAAGUCUAUGCGUACCUGAUUGCCUACAAAAAUUAUAAAAACUUUUUGCGGCAAGAAGAAGUGAAGCGAUUGAAGGGUAUUAAUAUGGGUGUAGUGAAACAUGAAAUAAAUAUGGUUGACUAUUUAAAUUGUUUGCGAAAUAAACUAAAACAAAUCCACAAGAAAAUUUCAAUCAUAUGUUCAAAACAUCACAAUGUUUUGACGGUAGAAACGAGGAAACUCGCAUUGUCCAACAACUAUGACAAGCGUGCAAUAGUCGGCGACGAGUUUGGGUAUAAAAAUGUAUAUACAAAAGCGUAG